AGCAAAGGAAGAAGAAGUAAAAAACUUUAUUUUUUUGACAUUUCCCCUAUCGAAAAAAUAAUGCAAUAAAUAAUUCUAUUUUUAUACUUUUAUAACGCACAAUUAAUAAAAUGGUAAUUUUGCAACUGAAGGAACAACCAAGUAUUAUACGAGCAAUUUUUGAAGGAGAUAUUAUUGAGGUCGGUCAACUAGCAGCAUCCAAGGAUUCUUUGAAUUACGUAGAUUGCGAGAAGCGAACCCCACUACACGCCGCUUGUUUUAAAGGGGACGCGCAAAUCGCCCGUAUUUUAUUAGAGCACGGGGCAAUAGUCGACGCCAAAGACAGCAGAUGGAUAACACCGCUUCACCAAGCUUGUGCAGUAGAUUCCGGAGAAACUGUAGAUGUUUUGUUAGAGUAUCAAGCUCUUGUGUGCGCCCGAAACAGACUUUGGCAGACUCCUCUGCAUAUAGCGGCGGCUAAAAACGCCUACACUUGCGCAGAGAAGUUGCUGAAUGUCAUACCCAAUCCCAAUGUGACAGAUAGAUAUGGAAAAACCGCCUUACACCAUGCUGCUAUGAAUUCUGAUGCUUCCAUGGUAGAACUGUUGAUUAAUAGAGGUUGUUUUGUAAAUGUGAGCGAUAAACGGGAUUGCAGGCCCUUGCAUUUUGCUGUAGAAGCAGAACAUCCUGAGACGGUGGAAACAUUGAUAACAUGUGGUGCAGAUGUGGCUGUAACAGACCAUAAUCAGUAUACUCCCUUGCAUCUUGCCGCGGCAAGUAAUAGUAUAGGAAACGUAAUUCGCCUUCUGUUGUCCGCGGGUGCUGAUGUUAACGCCCAAAACUCAUUCGGCAACACACCAUUACAUGUGGCUUGUGCCAACAGUUCUUAUUCAUGCUAUCAGGAUUUGAUUGAGGCAGGAGCGGACAUCGAGGCCGUCAAUUUCCGGGGCCAGACGCCUCUCCAUUUCGCUGCCGCCUCGGCUCAUAGCGAGAAUUGUAUGAUGUUCCUCCUGCAGAAAGGGGCCGACAUAAACCGGAGGAGUAUGGACGGGCGUACUCCUCUACACAUGACCGCGAUAUAUGGGAGGUUUAUCAGCAGUAAAACUCUGAUCGAUAAAGGUGCUUUAAUAGACUGUCCCGACAAAAACGGCCUAACGCCUCUGCAUAUAGCUGCCCAAAACGGUCACGAUAUUUUGGCAAACACUUUGUUGCAUUUCGGAGCCAAUCCGAGCGCAAAGGGGUACGAGGGCCGGACGCCGCUACACAUGUGCUGCUUUUCGGGUCACGUCGAGUGCUGUCGGAAGUUUGUGCAGACCGGGGUCGAUUUGAAUGAUCGCGACAAUAGCGGCCGAACACCCUCUCAUUGUGCAGCAUACAGGGGAUCGAUCGAGUGCCUUGAUCUGCUCACGAGCAAUGGAGCAGACUUCAAGCUAGCCGACAACUAUGGACGGCUUCCGUUGCACUACGCCGCCGCUGAGGCUCAUUUCCAUUGCGUGUUCACAUUGAUCGGCAUCGGGAGUCCUAUUAACAGUCGCGAUUGCGACGGUUGCACGCCCCUCCAUCUCAAUGCUACUUGCGCGCGUGACUAUGGGUGCAUAGAAUACUUACUUAACCACAGAGCCGAUCCGAACAUUAGGGAUAACCGAGGUUUUUACCCGUUGCAUUACGCGGUCGCGUGCGGCAGACUGGACACAUUGCGACAGCUUAUAGACGUUACGGAAGAGGCGGCGUUCAAGAGCGAGGCGGGGUCGCCGGACGUCACGCCGCUGCAUUUGGCGGCGAAAUCUGGAAACGCCGACGUCUUGGCCCUGGUACUGACUAAAUACAAGGACGUCAACGUGCAAACAGAACAGAACGUCACACCCCUCGUCGUGGCCGCGACCCAAGGUCACAUACAAUGCGUCCACUACCUGCUUAGGGCGGGCGCGAAAGUGGGCACGCCCGACAAGACGAACCUGAUGACGGCUGUGCAUUAUACUGCGAAAAAUGGCCACUGGCAGUGCUUAUCGCUGUUGCUCCACAACGCCGAAGAUUCCCACGUGGUCGACAUGGUGGAUAGGAAACAGAGGACGGCACUGAUGCUCGCAGCGUCUGGCAAUCACGUCGAAUGCGUCCAGGCCCUGCUAAAGGCGGGCGCGAAUCCAAACAUAGUGGACGCCGACAACCACUCGUGUCUGUUUCGAGCCGUAGUCAACAGUCAAGGACGAAACGGUAUAGUGAAAAUGUUGCUGGACAGUAAGGCCGACGCCGGCAUCAGGGACACGAACGGCAAAACGGCGUUGCAUUUGGCAGCGGCGUGCGGCUAUCUGGCGUGCUUGCAACUGAUCGCGGAACACAUGACUGAUGAAGAAAUGCGUAUCAGGGACGAGCAGGAUUGUACUGCACUGCACUGGGCGUGCUACAAUGGCAACGCGAGCUGCGUCGAACACCUAUUGCGCAACUUCAACCAGUUGGAGGGGGGGAACGCGUUCUCUCCGGCUCACUGCGCCAGUUUUUCCGGUUCCGCGGAGUCCCUCGAAUUGCUGUUCAAUUACUUUGGCGACGAGAUCGUUCAUUUGCGAGACAGUCGCGAGAGAACGCCACUGCACGUCGCUGCGCUGCACGGUCACGGCGAGUGCGCCGUUUUACUACUUAAACACGGCGCGGCAUCGGACGCGUUGGAUUCCGAGGGCCGAACGCCCCUUAUAGCCGCCGCGCAGUACGGUCAGUCCUCUGUCGUCGAAUUACUGGUCUCGUGUAACAUAGAGCUAUCAACCUGUGAUAAUUUCGGCAACACAGCCCUACACUGGGCGUGUAUCAAGAGACACCACCAGACGGCGCUGUUGAUCCUCGAGAACUGCCACGACCGGGCCCUGAUCGAUAUCGCCAAUAGCGAAAAGAAAACGCCUCUCCAUCUGGCGGCGAAGAACGGUCUGAUCGAUGUCACCGAGGAGUUGCUGAAAAAAGGGGCAUCGGUCCUGGCGGUCGAUAACGAGGGCUUGACACCGGCACUGAGUUGCGCGCCGAACUACAACGUCGCUCGAUGCCUGGCACUCAUAUUGGAAGCGCUGCCCCAUUUUUUGGGUACUUCCAACCGAGACAACUCGGCCGCUCUUAUGGAUUCCACCAGUCCCGAACUUCAGCUCGCCCUAAAAUUGUCAAUGCCCAGCAUAUCGAAUUUAAAUAGUGCCAAAAACGAAAAUUCCAAUCACCCAAGCGAUGACGAAUUUUAUUGACCUCCCAUAUUAGGACGUCAGCACAAUGACGUUAGCAAUUAGUCAAAUUUAAUAAUGUUUUCGUCACCCGUACUUAACGCAAUUUUAAGCGAAAUACCGGUAAAUAUUGCGGUUACGUUAUUGAACAACCUAAAAUUGACAUUUAUAACCGGAAAAUAUACCUGUUAACAACCGCAUCACGCCACGUCACAAAGACUCGGGUGGCGAUGUCAUGUCUACUUAGUCAAAACCGUAAACUUAGGAUAAUGUCGAAUUUUAUCGCCUUGCCUUCGCGACCCAUUCGAAUAAGCGACUGAUUCCCUAGGAACGCAAAAAAUGUGAUAUUUUGAUAUAUCCGUGAACCUACUUACUGCUACUUCUACUUCAUGUCGUUACCAUUUUAUGUAAAAUAUAUCUACACUAUUUUUUAGGUGACGCGCCGUAUUAUGGCGAACAGUUUGAUAUUAUACUUUUUUAGGAAGAGUAUGUAAUUAUCGUGUAAAUAUACUGGGCGGUAAUUUAAGCUUUAAAAUUACCUUUAGUUUGUAGAAGUUAAAAACAAAAUCGCAAUAUUUUAAAGUACUUAUUUACUACUCCGAUUUAACUACACUUUUUUUUGUAAUAUUUUCAUUUGAUAAAUAAAGAUUUUGGUCAUAUCUUAAAAAAA